AUGGGCAAUGCGGCCACCGGAUUCUUUGUGAUGUUCGCUUUAAUUGCCGGAGUUGCUGGAGCUGCCUCGGUUAUAGCUGGCGCCAGUCAUUUACAGUCAUGGACUACGGCGAGUCUUCCGGCAGCUGUCUCUGCAGCUACCAUUGCUUGGUGCAAGGAAAUUGAACUUGGAAUGAGAAAUGCUCGUCUAAGAACAAUGGAGGCAUUUUUAAUAAUACUUUCGGCUACUCAGCUUCUCUAUAUUGCUGCCAUAUAUGGAGUUAGAAAAUAA